AUGGCUUAUUUUCUCUGGGAUGAUGAAGGUGUAGCGCAGUUCGUCAAAUCUUUUGAGCCUGAGCUAGCGGAGCAGUUCUACUCCCUUCCUAGCAAUGUAGAAAGAUCUGACGUUUUUCGUAUCUUGGUAGCGAAAUGGAUCGGUGGGAUUUACGGCGACAUGGACACCGAACCCCUUCGAAACCCCUCAUCUUGGAUCACGACAGAUGAUCUCCGGAGCUGGGAGGACUCAGAGACACAUCAACUGUACGGGGCAGCUGGCCCGAUACGAGCGAUCGUGGGUCUAGAAGCAGACUGUCCUCCCGAGAGCGAUGCGUACUGGCGCAUGGGCUACGCGGAGCCUAUUCAACUUACGCAGUGGUCACUUGCGGCGGCGCCAGGACAUCCUAUUUCCCAGACGUUUCUCGAUCGUCUCUCCGCGAAUCUCAAGAAUACAACAUCUAAAAAGACGAGCCAGAAACAUUCCCCAGAGAAACAGACAGCGCUGAACAGUAUAGACCCCCUCCUCCUUACGGGACCCGCAGCCUUUACAGCAGCCGUGAAGGAAUGGCUGGCAACAACUACUGGGUUGCGAUGGAAUGCCCUAUCCGGAUUGGCGGAUGGAGGGCAAAGUAAGGCUGUGGGAGAUAUCUUGGUUCUCCCAAUCACUGGGUUUAGUCCGGGAAGAGGCAUAUAUGGAAACAUGGGUUCAAAGUCCGUUGACGAUCCGUCCGCACGCCUAUUUCAUCAUGCGCAGGGCUCGUGGAGAAAAACUGACUUUGUAGUCGAAGCCGGGAAGUUUUGUCGCACGGAAUCUCUGCUCAACUCGAUACCUGUACUCCUCGUUCGGGUAAUAUUGUUCAUUAUCGCUAUUAUGCGUGUCCUCUGGUUCUUGAAACGCCUCAGUCGAAUGGUAAGAGGGCAAAGCCUUAGGCGUCUGGCAUUUCCCCUUACUCUCCUCAUAAUAGCAGUUUCUCUUGGACUCUAUCUACUGCUUGCAUAUUCCCUAGCAAACGAUCCUCGGCUAGUUCCGGUCGCAUUCCAGGAAGCUAAAAGUAUCCUCCUGGUGACCGCACACCCCGACGAUGAGACGCUUUUCUUUAGUCCGACUAUCACCUAUCGCCAGAAUGAUGCAGGUGUAAAGCGCUCAUUGCUGGUUAUAUCAUCGGGUAACUACGAUGGACUUGGGGACAAGCGACAAAGUGAGCUUCACGGCAGCUGUGAGCAACUAGGCAUCUCCGAGGAUCGAUGUGUUGUUCUAGAUAUUGCGGAACUGCAAGACAACCCCAAGCAAUGGUGGAACGAAGAGAUGGUCCAGGACCUCGUUGCCUCUUAUAGGGCAAAGUGGAAUGUUGACCUGAUAGUCACAUUUGACCAUGGCGGUAUAUCCGGCCAUAUCAACCAUCGAUCCGUCAGCGCCGGUGUGCGUAAAUAUGUCCAAUCCACACCAGAUGCGCCCGCCGCAUACAUGCUACAGAGUACGCCCCUUCUACGAAAAUAUUCCUCGCUCCUGGACCUAAUUCCCACUUCCAUCCCAUUUGCCUGGCGCAUCCUUAAAGCCCUCCUCACCACACCACUCGGUAGACAAGUCGAGCAUAACACUGUACAUGACGUCGUUCCAUUGGCUGCAUACAAUAACAAAGCGCUUAUUGUUAGCUCGUGGCAAACAUAUCGAGUCUCACGAGCGGCAUUCAGUCAGCAUGAUAGCCACCGGUAUAUGUGGUUCAACACAUUGGAAAAGAUGAUCUAG